CUGUCUCCGCCGCCGCCGCCGCAGCGCCCACCAUGUCGGCGGCCAAGGAGAACCCGUGCAGGAAAUUCCAGGCCAACAUCUUCAACAAGAGCAAGUGUCAGAAUUGCUUCAAGCCCCGAGAGUCGCAUCUGCUCAACGACGAGGACUUGACACAGGCAAAACCUAUUUAUGGUGGCUGGCUGCUUCUGGCUCCAGAUGGAACUGACUUUGACAACCCAGUGCAUCGUUCUCGGAAAUGGCAGCGGCGAUUCUUCAUUCUUUAUGAGCAUGGCCUCUUGCGCUACGCCCUGGAUGAGAUGCCUACAACCCUCCCUCAGGGUACAAUCAAUAUGAACCAGUGUACUGAUGUGGUGGACGGCGAGGGCCGGACAGGCCAGAAGUUCUCCUUGUGUAUUUUGACCCCUGAGAAGGAGCAUUUCAUCCGUGCAGAGACCAAGGAGAUCAUCAGCGGGUGGCUGGAAAUGCUCGUGGUCUAUCCUAGGACCAAUAAGCAGAAUCAGAAGAAGAAGCGGAAAGUGGAGCCUCCCACGCCACAGGAGCCAGGACCAGCCAAGAUGGCUGUCACCAGCAGCAGCACCAGCAGCACCAGCAGCAUCCCCAGUGCUGAGAAGGUUCCCACCACAAAGUCCACACUCUGGCAGGAAGAAAUGCGGGCCAAAGACCAUCCAGAUGGGACCAGCCUGAGUCCCACACAAAGUCCCGGCCAGAGCCAGCCUCCUGCUGCUAGUGGCCUGAGUGAACCUGGGCUGGAAAGUAAAGAUGAGGAGAGCACCAUGAACAGCGACCGCAUGGACUGUGGCCGCAAAGUCCGGGUGGAGAGCGGUUACUUCUCCCUGGAGAAGACCAAACAGGACUUGAAGGCUGAGGAGCAUCAGCUGCCCCCACCGCUCUCCCCUCCUAGCCCAAGCACCCCUAACAACAGGUAUAGUGGCCCCGGAUCACCCUCCCAGGAGCUUGGUCAUCCCAUUCCUUCCCCAGGUCCUCGAACCCCCAGCCGAAUGGUCUGCAGCAUCUCUCUUGGCUCCCUGGACACUGCCAGCCGGCCCUCUGCCCACAUGGACUACAGCAGCACUAGGGGGCGGGGAGCAGAGAGACUGGGGCACGCCCUUGCCUUUAAAGCCAGCAGGCAGUAUGCCACCCUGGCCGACGUCCCUAAGGCCGUCAGGAUCAGCCACCGAGAAGCCUUCCAGGUGGAGAGAAGGCGGCUGGAGCGUAGGACUCGGGCACGGAGCCCUGGCAGGGAAGAGGUGGCCCGUCUGUUUGGCAAUGAGCGGAGGAGGUCGCAGGUCAUUGAAAAGUUUGAGGCCUUGGACAUAGAAAAAGCAGAGCACAUGGAGACAAAUGCAUCUGCUGGGCCCCUACCUUCAGGAGAUACUCGUCAGGGCCGCAGCGAGAAGAGGGCCUUCCCCAGAAAGCGGGACCUCACCAGUGAAACCCCCACAGCUCCGCUUCCGGACACCUCGGCUUCCCCCCUGUCUCCACACCGAAGAGCCAAGUCACUGGACAGGAGGUCCACGGAGUCCUCCCUGACGCCCGACCUGCUGAAUUUCAAGAAAGGCUGGCUGACCAAGCAGUACGAAGAUGGCCAGUGGAAGAAGCACUGGUUUGUCCUUGCUGAUCAGAGUCUGAGAUACUACAGGGAUUCAGGAGCUGAAGAAGCAGCUGACCUGGAUGGCGAAAUUGACCUGUCUACGUGUUUUGAUGUCACAGAGUACCCAGUACAAAGAAACUACGGCUUUCAAAUACAUACGAAGGAGGGUGAGUUCACGCUCUCUGCUAUGACUUCUGGAAUUCGGAGAAAUUGGAUCCAGACCAUCAUGAAGCAUGUCCACCCGACCUCUGCCCCGGAUGUGACUAGCUCACUGCCAGAGGAGAAGAACAGGAGCAGUUUUGAAGCCUGCCAGAGGCCAAGUGAGAAGCAGGAGGCGGAGCAUGGGGAGCCAGACCCUGAGCAGAAGAGGAGCCGGGCUCGGGAGAGACGACGGGAAGGGCGCUCCAAGACUUUUGACUGGGCUGAGUUCCGUCCCAUUCAGCAGGCCCUGGCUCAGGAGCGAGACAGCACCUUGGGGUCUCCCAGUUUCAGUCCUGAGACUGAGCCAGGUGAGCUCGAGCGGGAGCGUGCCCGGCGGCGGGAAGAACGGCGCAAGCGUUUCGGGGUGCUGGAUGCUGUGGACGGGACCAGUACUGAUGACACAGCCCUGCGGAUGGAAGUGGACCGGAGCCCAGGGCUGCCUGUGGCCACUGAUCUCAAGACACAGAAUGUCCAUGUGGAAAUUGAGCAGCGAUGGCAUCAGGUGGAAACUACCCCUCUCCGGGAAGAAAAACAGGUGCCCAUAGCCCCCCUGCAUCUGUUGUCUGAGGAUGGAAGUGACCGGCUCUCCACGCACGAACUCACCUCCCUGCUGGAGAAGGAGUUGGAGCAGAGUCAGAAGGAGGCCUCAGACCUUCUAGAGCAGAACCGUCUCCUGCAGGACCAGCUAAGGGUGGCCCUGGGCCGAGAACAGAGCGCCCGGGAGGGCUAUGUUCUACAGACUGAAGUGGCCACCUCCCCAUCCGGUGCCUGGCAGAGGCUCCAUAAAGUCAACCAAGAUCUCCAAAGUGAGCUGGAGGCCCAGUGCCAGCGCCAGGAGUUGAUCACACAACAGAUCCAGUCUCUGAAGCGUAGCUAUGGGGAGGCCAAGGACGCCAUCCGGCACCAUGAGGCUGAGAUCAGGAGCCUCCAGGCAAGACUCAGCAAUGCUGCUGCUGAGCUCACCAUCAAAGAACAGGCUUUGGCCAAGCUCAAGAGCGACCUGAAGCUGGAGAAGGAAAAGGUCCAUGAGCAGCUAGAGGAAUGGCAGCUCAGUGAGGCUGCGCUGAGUAGUCAGCUGCAGGCUAGUGAGCAGAAGCUUAAGAGUGCUGAGGCACUGCUGUUGGAGAAAACACAGGAGCUGCGGGACCUGGAGAUGCAGCAAGCGCUGCAGAAGGACCGGCAGAAGGAGGUGCAAAGGCUGCAGGAGCGGAUUGCCGACCUCAGUGAGCAGCUCACUGCCAGUGAGCAGGCCCAGCGGCUAAUGGAGGAGAAGCUGCAGAGGAAUUAUGAACUGCUGCUGGAGAGCUGUGAGAAGGAGAAGCAGGUGCUACUGCAGAACCUGAAGGAGGUGGAGGACAAGGCCUGUGCCUAUGAGGAUCAGCUCCAGGACCAUGAGCAGCAAAUGGAGGUGCUCCAGAAGGAGAAGUUGAGUGCCAAGUUUGAGGGCAGCGAGGUGGUACACCAGUUGGAGGAGCAGCUGGAAAUGAAGGAGGCCAGCAUCCAAAAGCUGGCUGAGCAUGUCCAGAGCCUCCGCGAGGAACGGGACCAGAUCAGGCAGCGGUUCCAGGAGCUGGUGGAGCGCGUUGCCCUGUCAGACGGGGACGUGGCUGCACUCCAAGAGAAGCUCCGAGUAAGAGAGGCAGACUACCAGAGCCUGGAACAUUCCUACAGAAGGGUGACUGGCCAACUGCAGAGCAUGCACACGCUUCUCAAGGAGAAGGAGGAAGAGCUGAAACACAUCAAGGAAAUGCACCAUAAAGUCCUGGAAAAGAAAGACCAGGAUCUCAAUGAGGCUUUGGUUAAAAUGGUUGCUUUAGGAAGCAGCUUAGAGGAAACAGAAGUGAAGCUCCAGGCGAAGGAGGAGAUUCUAAGGAAAUUAGCAAAAGAGUCCUCCGAGGUCCCAGAAGAACCCCAGAGUGCCCUGGAAGAAGACGAGGGGAACAAUGUCCCACCCCUGCCAGCCACUGGCUUUCCACCCUCAAAACUCAAGGAGGAAGACCCAGGGGCUGCCCUUGGGGAGGAAAGUGGUGAUGGCAGCCCCAGGAGAGAAGAGAGUGCUGUGCCCCCGAAGUCAGACGUGCCUGACAGGGAGGGGCAUCUUCAGAGCGCAGCUAAAGCUGAACAGGGAGUGCCCGGUGUGAAGAGGCAAAGGAUCCGGUUCUCCACAAUCCAGUGCCAAAAAUACACUCAGCCUGAGGGCUCCGAGAAGACUUGGACCAGCAGCACGUCUUCUGACACCAGUCAGGACCGCUCCCCCUCAGAAGAAAGCAUGUCCUCGGAGCCCGCCCCCAGCUCACUCCCUGUAACCAGUGACUCUGACACCUACCUCUCUAUCAUACAUUCCCUGGAGACAAAGCUCUACAUCACAGAGGAGAAGCUUAAAGACGUAACAGUGAAACUGGAGAGCCAGCAGGGACAGAGCCAGGAGGCCCUGCUGGCACUGCACCAGCAGUGGGCUGGCACGGAGGCACGGCUUCGUGAGCAGCUCCGCGCCAGCCUCCUCCAAGUUGGGGCACUGGCCUCCCAGCUGGAGCAGGAAAGACAGACAAGGGCAAAGAUGGUCGAGAACCAUGUUGGGGAGCUUGGUGGCUUCCAAAUCAAAAACAGCCAAGCCCUGGCUUACUUGGAAAACUGCCGGGAACAGCUGCAUGCUCUGCCAGGGGCCGGCCAGGAGGAAGCCUGGGCAAUAAGAACAGGCAUUCUGGUCAGCAUGGAGAGCACGUUAGUCAGUGCCAUCCAGGCCCUGCAGCACUGCUCCAUAACUGCAGGCAGUGAGGCCCAUGCCCAGAGAGAGGAAGGAUGUGAAUUGGAGAAAGGGCCACCAGCUUCACAAGACCCACCACAGCAGCCUGAACUGAUGGAGCAAGAACAGCUGAAAAUCCUUUCUGAUCAGAUCGCUCUGGAAGCCUCACUGAUUAACCAAAUAGCGGACUCCCUGAAAAAUACAACAGCAGAUAUCUCACACAUUCUCCAUGAGAUCUCUCAGGCAGGGAAGUCUGAAAGUGCCGCGGUCUGCCCCAGGGUUCCUGCAGAUGCGUGGGCGAGGAAGGUGCUGGUAGAUGGAGAGUUCUGGAGCCAGGUUGAAUCCCUGAGUAAGCACCUAGGGACACUGGGAGGAGAGGCAGCUAAUAUAUCAGAAGAUGACCAGCGGAGCCUCCCACAGGCACUGAUCCCUGCCCUGGCCGAUGCCACGUGGGUUAGGGCUGAGCUUAGUUUUGCUGUGCAGUCAGUGAGGCAGUCUUUCCAGCAGAGACUGCAGAGUGUUCAGGAGACUCUCCAGGGGACUCAGACAGCCCUGCAGCAACACAAACAGGUCUUGGGGCAAAUCCUGGGAGCCUACCAAACCCCCGACUUCGAGCGAGUCAUGCAGCAGAUCUCUGAAGUCCUCAGGCUCCCAACAGGCAGUGAAGAUGGUGCACGAGGUUCCUGGGACUUGAGCCUGUUAGAAGUGGGGAGUCCCCAAGCUGCAGCUGGCUCCCAGGAGCCUUUGCUGUUGUCCACUCAGCACUCUGGGGCUCUUGUUUCUAUCCAGGAAGAACUCGCCUUGCAGCUUAAAGAGAAAGCCAGCCUCUUAGGGGAGAUUUCUGCCACUCUGACCACUCUCCCCUCUGUGGAAUCUGUAAGGGAUUGUCAGAAACUCCUCCAGGCAUCCCAGGUUCUCUCCUACAAUACUUGUUUGGGAGGCCUUGGUCAGUAUUCUUCGUUAUUAGUUCAGGAUGCCAUUAUUCAGGCUCAGGUGUGUUAUGCAGCUUGCAGAAUUCGGCUUGAGUAUGAAAAGCAGCUCCAAUGCUACAAGGCAUCCUGGCAGGACAGAGGGGUCUCCUCCCAGGAGCACGUGCAGGCAGUUGGGGCCCUCAGGGAGGAGUAUGAGGAGCUUCUCCGGAAGCAAAAGAAUGAAUACCUGGAAGUGAUCACCAUCAUUGAACGGGAGAAUGCAGAGUUGAAGGCCAAGGUCACCCAGCUGGACCAUCAGCAGAGGUGUCUGGCAGAAGUGGAGAGCAAGCACAGUGAGAAUAUGUUUGCUUUGCAAGGGAGGUAUGAGGAGGAAAUCAGGUGCGUGGUGGCACAGUUGAACAGAGCAGAGAACACUCUUCAGGCCGAGCACAGCCUCGUACUGAGCCAGCUGGAUGCCUCAGUCAGAGACAGGCAGGACCUGGAGAGGCACCACGUGGAGCAGAUGCAGACUCUGGAGGACAGAUUCCAGCUCAAGAUCAAAGAGCUGCAGACAAUCCAUGAGGAGGAGCUGAGGACCUUGCAGGAGCACUACUCACAGAACCUGCAGUGCCUGCAGGAGGCCUUGCACCACUGCCAGCAGCAGCACCCUGAAGCCCUACCAGCCCCCAGGCCCCCCAGUACUCCCCAUCAACCCCUCUCAUCCAGUUGGCCAGAUAGACAGACAGACGGGGAGGCUGACUCGAUGACGGGACUGAGGGAGCGUAUCCAGGAGCUGGAGGCCCAAAUGGACGUCAUGCGGGAAGAGCUGGAGCACAAGGACCUGGAGGGCAACACAGCCUCCCUGCGGGAGAAAUACCAGAAAGACUUUGAGAACCUGAAGGCCACAUGUGAGCGCGGGUUUGCUGCUAUGGAGGAGACACAUCAGAAGAAAAUUGAAGAUCUGCAGAGGCAGCACCAGCGGGAACUGGAGAAGCUGCGGGAGGAGAAGGACCGGCUCUUGGCUGAAGAGACUGCAGCCACUAUCUCAGCCAUUGAAGCCAUGAAGAACGCUCACCGGGAGGAGAUGGAGAGGGAGUUGGAGAAGAGCCAGCGGUCCCAGAUCAGCAGCAUCAACUCAGACAUCGAGGCCCUGCGGCGGCAGUACCUGGAGGAGCUGCAGUCUGUGCAGAGGGAGCUGGAGGUGCUAUCUGAGCAGUACUCGCAGAAGUGCCUGGAGAAUGCCCAUCUGGCCCAGGCGUUGGAGGCAGAGCGGCAGGCCCUGCGGCAGUGCCAGCGUGAAAACCAGGAGCUCAACGCCCACAACCAGGAACUGAACAACCGCCUGGCUGCAGAGAUCUCUCGGUUACGGACGUUGCUGACAGGGGACGCCAGCAGUGAGGCUGCAGGCUCGCCACUUGCACAGGGCAAGGAUGCCUACGAGUUAGAGGUCUUAUUGCGGGUCAAAGAAUCAGAAAUCCAGUACCUAAAGCAGGAGAUUAGCUCUCUCAAGGACGAGCUACAGACAGCUUUGCGGGACAAAAAGUAUGCCAGUGACAAGUACAAAGAUAUCUACACGGAACUCAGCAUCGUGAAGGCCAAGGCCGACUGCGAUAUCAGCAGGUUGAAAGAGCAGCUGAAAGCAGCCACAGAAGCACUAGGUGAAAAAUCACCAGAAAGCACGCCUGUAUCGGGAUACGAUAUAAUGAAAUCUAAAAGCAACCCUGAUUUCUUGAAGAAAGACAGAUCCUCUGUUAGCCGGCAACUCAGAAAUAUCAGGUCCAAGUCCGUAAUUGAGCAGGUCUCAUGGGAUAACUGAAACGAACCCGCUUCCAGGUCCCCUGUCAUGUAGAGUCUGAAAGAAGGCCUGACGGUGCAGGAACGCUUGAAGCUCUUUGAAUCCAGGGACUUGAAGAAAGACUAGCUGUGUGUCCUGGGCAACCUGAACACAAAUCCUUUCCGAUGGCGGCAGCACAACCUGCACGCUGCUUUUAUCUGUACCUUUAUUUUUUACUAUUGUUGUCAUCAUUAACUGUGGGUGUGGAUGCAUGAAAGACUGGUUUAUGGGUGUUCGCAUUCCCUGCUGUGUUGAUUCUGACUUCUCUUGUCUUUUAUCGAAGCUUUUCUCCAUGGCAUUCUUAGCUCGAGUGGGGGGUUUGGGGGACAUCCAGGCCAGGUGUCUGUUAGGAUCCCUACUUGCGGUCUUCCCCCCACAAUCACCGUCAGUAUUAAGGCCCAACAGCCUGGAUAAGCUAGCACUGUCUCCUAGUACCAUGUGUGCACUGGGGUCACUUAAAGAGAACAAGCCAUCAAGUGUGAUUCUGCCUGGCUCAAAGCACUGACAAGCCACUGGCCACAGGAGGAGCUAGAAGCAGGCUGAAGGGCAUGGCUUAGCAUCCAGGAGAUGAGCUAGCCACCACCUUUGGGAGAAGAACAGUGUUUGCUUUUUGUCCCACAAAUGCAAUGUAGAACUGCACCCAGACCAUCAUGGUAAAUCUUUCACAACCUGGAAAAUGUGGAAAGCAGCCAUUCCUAUUAUUGUUUUAUUAUUAAAUCUUGCACAAAAUCCCCAUCCCUCUCAUUGCUUCCUAUGUUCACUGCCGCAGUAACCUUAGCAGUAACCUUAAUUUUUCCCAAUGUGAAUUUGUUAUCCAGCAGCCUUGGGUUUCAGACUAUGAUAGCAGAGGAUGAAUUCCUUUGGUAGUCUUUUGAAAGAAAAGGUGAUUCAUUUCUUUAACCUUUCUGAAAGAGACAUCCAUGGUCUCUUCAGACCUACUGGUGAAGGGGUUGCAAGGAGAUCCCUGUAUUAAGUCAGGAAGAGAGGAUGGGGGAUGUGUACCAAAUGAAACAUGCCCGUGGCUGUGUUCAUAAAUGAAGCUCUUGAGACACGCUAUUGCAGCACUUGGAGAGCUUAGUAAACUCAGAACAACUUUGCACAAAGCAUUCUGUAGCACUUAUUGAAAGAAAUCUCAAACUGGGUUCUCUUUUAUGUACCGUGAAAGCCAUUGUACGAUUAACACAAGUAUAAACUAAUGCAACCCAA